UCAAAGAAACCUUAAAAAACAUUUUGCUAACUCAAAAAUGGCCUCACCGGCAUCACCACUCCAAAGAGCCUCUUCCCCUCUCCAACGCCUCUCCACAUUCAACAACCCUAUCACUUCCUCCUCCGCCGCAGCCUCCGCACUAGACUCCAUCGCCUCCGACCCCAUCCUCUCUGCAUUCCUCUCCCCUUCCUUCUCCACUACCUCCUUCUCAUCCGCUGCCCUCUCCUCCGGCUCCCCCGCCUCCACCGCCGAGAAGCUCCACUCCUCCAUACGACUCCUUGACUCCCAGCUCCGCCACGAGGUCCUCUCCCGCCAUGACGACCUCCUCUCCCAGCUCUCCUCCCUCCACCACGCCGAGCUCGCCCUCUCCACCCUCCGCUCCUCUAUCUCCUCCCUCCAUUCCUCCCUCCGCAAGGCUCGCUCCGACCUCUCCGAUCCCUUCCGCUCGAUCCACGCCCAAACCCUUCAGCUCUCCAAUCUCCACUCCGCCUCCCAUCUCCUCAAUCACUCCCUCCGCGCUCUCCGCCUCUCCCGAAAGCUCCGCAACAUGGCCUCCGUCGAUGAACCCGAAAAGCUGGAUCUCGCCAAGGCCGCCCAGCUCCACUCCGAGAUCUUAACCCUUUGCCACGAGUAUGACCUUGCCGGUAUCCGCGUCGUUGACGAAGAGCUUAGAUUCGUCAAAGAAACUGGAGAUAAACUCCGAUCCGAAGCGAUGAAGGUAUUAGGAAGAGGAAUGGACGGCUUGAAUCAGGCUGAGGUGGGGACCGUUUUGCAGGUUUUCUUCAAUUUGGGCGAGUUGAGAGCCACCGUAGAUCAAUUGAUCAAUAAGUAUAAGGGGAUGGCGUUGAAGAGUAUCAGCACGGCCUUGGAUAUGAAGGCGAUAACGGCGGGCUCGGGUGGAGCGUUUGGGCCGGGAGGGGUGAGGGGCAGCGGGACACCGCAGAUAGGCGGAGGGGCGAAGGCGAGGGAAGCACUGUGGCAGAGGUUGGGGAGUUGCAUGGAACAAUUGCAUUCCAUUGUUGUAGCGGUCUGGCACUUGCAGAGGGUGUUGUCUAAGAAACGAGAUCCGUUUACGCAUGUUUUGCUGCUCGAUGAAGUACUUCAGGAAGGUGAUUCCAUGUUAACAGAUCGGGUCUGGGAGGCUCUUGUAAAGGCUUUUACAAGCCAAAUGAAGUCUGCUUUCACCGCAUCAAGUUUUGUUAAAGAGAUAUUUACUAUGGGGUAUCCCAAACUCUUUUCCAUAAUAGAGAAUCUGCUUGAAAGAAUUUCGCGUGAUACAGAUGUGAAAGGGGUUUUACCAGCUGUCAGUUCAGAAGGCAAAGAUCAAAUGAUUGCAGCUGUUGAAAUAUUCCAGACAGCAUUUUUGGCUCUCUGCUUGAGUCGCCUGUCAGAUCUUGUCAAUACCAUAUUUCCUGUGUCUAGCCGUGGAAGUGUUCCUUCCAAAGAACAUAUCUCAAGGAUUAUAUCACGCAUUCAAGAAGAGAUUGAAGCUGUCCAGUUGGAUGGGCGUUUGACUCUUCUUGUUUUGCGUGAAAUUGGCAAGGUUUUGACCCUGCUUGCAGAACGAGCUGAGUACCAGAUAUCCACUGGUCCUGAAGCACGUCAAGUGAGCGGUCCAGCAACUGCAGCCCAGCUCAAGAACUUUACGUUAUGUCAGCAUCUACAAGAUAUUCAUACACGGAUAUCCUCAAUGAUUACAGGAUUGCCCAGUAUUGCUGCAGAUGUAUUGUCUCCCUCUUUAGGUGCAAUAUAUGGUGUUGCAUGUGACUCAGUGACAUCAUUAUUCCAAGCAAUGCUCGAGUGUCUCGAGUCUUGUAUCUUACAAAUUCAUGACCAGAACUUUGGUGUGCUUGGCCUGGAUGCUGCGAUGGACAACAACACUUCACCUUACAUGGAGGAGUUACAGAAGUGCAUUCUUCAUUUCCGUAAUGCGUUCCUAUCUAGGCUGCUGCCUUCAACGAAUGCUACUAAUGGAGGGACAGAAAGCAUAUGCACUAGGCUUGUUAGGAAUAUGGCUUCAAGGGUUCUAAUAGUCUUUAUCAGGCAUGCUUCUCUUGUCAGACCCCUUUCAGAAUCUGGCAAGCUUAGGAUGGCUAGGGACAUGGCAGAGCUGGAGUUAGCUGUGGGUCAGAAUUUGUUCCCAGUAGAGCAACUUGGUGCACCAUACCAAGCCCUGCGAGCAUUCCGACCUCUUAUUUUCUUGGAAAUAUCUCAACUGGGAGAUUCUCCUCUUCUUCAAGAUUUGCCAUUGAGUGUCAUUCUUCACCAUCUUUACUCCAGAGGGCCUGAAGAAUUGCAGUCACCGCUGCAAAGAAACAAACUUACACCUCUGCAGUAUUCUUUGUGGUUAGAUUCUCAAGGGGAGGAUCAGAUCUGGAAAGGUAUCAAAGCAACCCUGGAUGAUUAUGCUGCAAAUGUUAGGGCCAGAGGAGAGAAGGAGUUUAGCCCUAUAUAUCCCCUUAUGCUUCGAUUAGGAUCUUCUUUUACAAAAAAUACUCCUGCAUCCUAGAAACCUUGAUUUCUAGCUUGCAUUUAAUCAUUUUCAAUCCGGAUGGUGUUUAGUGAGGUUUGUUCUUCUAGGUAGUUGCUGCAGAUGGGGAAUAGUUUACUGAAAUUUCAAAGGUCAUAUUUGAGGUUCAUAAAUGGCAGCUCAAAUCUGCAGAAUGGCCGCGCCAACUUCAUUUGUGUCACUGAAAAUAUUUUAAGUUUGGUGUUGUAUCCUUUGUUUCACCUUUUGGUUACCCUUUCAGUUCAGUUAAAAUGCUUCCUAAUUGCGUGUAAAAUAUGAAAAUACUUACUUUUUUUUUUUGUCUAUUUAACUACAAAUUCUUUCAUUUAA